UGCAUGUCAAGCUUUUCGACCAUGGUAUACGAGACGGACGAGACGUCCUGGACGCCCGAAUCCCUUGCCAGCAUGAAACGAGCAGAUCUUCAGGGCAUGUUGAAAUCGCUGGGGCUGAAAGGGGCAAAUAAAAAGUCUUCUGAAAUGGCUUCCAUAAUUCUUGAGCACCGACGAUCCUGUAUCCCACCCAGUCCCCUCCAACCCGAGCAAAGCAAUGUGGCAGGAACACUUUACGAGCAGCGGGCUGAGUGUAACGACCCGAAGCCUGUGAUGGAACAGCAGCGUCGUGAGACAUCAACUGAGCGCGAUGAGGACAAGGAAAAUGAGGUUUCUGUUGUGGAAAGGCGCACAGAGAUGAAAAGGCGAAAGAAGCCGUCAAAAAAAGAUGGAAAGAGAAGGCAUGGGAAUUUAACGACAAACACAGGCUCUGAGAAUGCGAAUGUCAACGAGGCCUUUGACAAAGAGCAAAUUAGUACAACUGUGGAUGAUGAUCAUGCUAAUGAUGUGGAAGGCAGUCAGACACACGUCAAAUCACUAGAUGAAUCGUCCCAUUUUGACGAUGCGCAGGAAGUUCCAGAUGUUGCCGACAUGUCAGAUACGACGGCCGAGUCACCGUGGGAAGUUGUUUCAGUCCCGGUCACAGCAGCAGAGGAAAGCGAACCUGCCGCGGCAAAGGCAACAUAUCGCCAAAGCAAAGCUCGGUCAUCCAGAUCAGUAGGAACACCAGCUGAAGGCGGAUUGCCAGAGACUGUCAACAACUCUGGAUUUCUCCCCGACAUGAAUUCAAAUGAACAAGGGACAAUGGCCAUGGAGGGUGAAGAGACCUCGAAUGACCGUGGUACUUCGCAGAUUGCAUCGUCCACCCAAAGCAAGGCCGACUCGCGCACGCCGAGGGUACCAGAAGCAGUUGCACCACAGAGGGUGCCAUCCAUUUCUAAUUUCCUAGCGCAAAACAAUCUGUCGCAACUUACCACACUCUUCCGACGAGAGGAGCUAACCGAUUGGACUGUUGUACGGGCAUUAACAGUGGAUACUCUGCGAAGUUUGGGGGUGACAGCCGGCACAGCGAUCAGGUUUCGUUUAGCACUCCAAGAACUUUUUCCAUCAGAGGACGUAGAUAGGCAUACGCCUCGCCAUGUUAACCUGGCGAUAUCCAUGGACAGCCUCCAGGCCUUGAUGGACGAGAUGGCUGGCUUGUCGUUGGGUGAAAAACGAAGUUCAUCUGAGCAAGUAGCAGCAACCGGACCCUCGACGAUACGGCGCAACGCGCCGUUGUCGGCUAACGCUCCUCAUCGUCAGUCCCUGGUUUCGGACGAAACUCUUCGAAAGCGGCUUCUCCGUCAAUCUGUUAGUAAAGAAGGAUUGAAUGCUCACGGUGGUUCGUACCCGCGCCGAUCCAGCGUGGCGCCUGUCACUGUCGCCACGCGAAAGCCCAAACCUAUUCCGGCUGCCGCGUGUGCAGCAGGACCGGUAGACCCAGUAAACGAACGCGGCAUAGCUACAACACGGCAACCACCAGCAGCAGCUAUGACUAGCAGCACGGCAGUCCAGAUACCAAUCAAAAAGUUUUUCGGUAAGGUUGAGUUGAAAAAGGUUCAGUUUGCAAAUGACGGAGGUGGAGAAAAGAAUUCCGUCGGAAAGUUUGCGCCGACGCCAGCUCCAAAGAAGAGGCCCAGCGCUCGCGUGAAACCAGGCAUCAGUGGAGCUCAACAAGAUAUGGGCCCCUCAAAGACAGAUGCGGAUCCAUUCAAGAUUUGAAAACGGGUGGCGAAACGACGUAGUAUUUGUGGAGAUAUGCUUGUGGGGAUUGUACAUGGGAUAAUGGUUUCUGUAUAUGCACUUUAAUGAUAUGUAGUAUCCGUCUGCAGCACCAGCACCAGACCC